AUGGGUUUCUCAUUUCGCAAGUCCAAGGGCGCUAGCGCAACUGAAGUCCAGACGACUGGCUUCGAAGCCCACCCCACCGACUCCAACGACCUCGGCGACGAUGUCGCUCAUGAUGUCGCCAACGCCAACGUGCACCUCAAGCGCGUCAAGGAACAGCACAAAUGGGAUCCCUUCAUGGACUACGACAAGAUCGACGCCGUCGACGCUGCCCUUGCCAGUGGCGACGCCGAGAAGGGAGCUGCAGUCGAAGUGACCCUCCUCCAGGAAGACUCCCCCUACAUGGAAGUGCGCGCUGCGGUCGCACCCACUGACAACCCGGACGACUACGUCGAUACUGUUCGUGCCUGGACUAUUGGUUUCAUCGUCUGCACCGUCGUUGGCGCCAUGAACGUCCUGCUCUAUGAGCACUACCUCCAAGUCGCCAUCACCAGCCCUGUCGUCCAGUUGAUCUCGUACCCCAUGGGUGCUGGCUGGGCGAAGUUCGUCCCCGACGUCGGCUUUACGCUCUUUGGUCGCUCAAUCCGCCUCAACCCGGGCCCCUUCAACAAGAAGGAGCACACCAUCGUCACCAUGAUGGCAGCCGCCGGUACCACCAUCAGUUACGCCAUUUCGAUCCUGAUCGCACAGCAAAUCUUCUACGGUCAGGUAUGGGGCUGGGGUUUCCAGAUCCUGCUGAUCAUGUCCACCCAGGCCAUGGGAUUUGGUAUUGCCGGAAUUCUGCGCCGCUUCUUGAUCUGGCCCGCCGCCAUGGUGUGGCCUGCCACCCUUAUCACUACCUCGGUCAUGGACAGUCUGCAUAGUCACGGCAGGGCAGACCCUGCUGCCACCAAUGGCUGGAAGAUUGGUCGUUACCAUUUCUUCCUCGUCGUGGCCGGGGCUACCUUCUUCUGGCAAUGGAUUCCCAAUGUCAUCGCGCCAUUUGUUUCCAACCUCGGCCAAUUCCCCACGUGGAUUGCCCCGAACAACGUGGUGGUCAACCAGGUCUUUGGCGGUACAAAUGGCCUAGGCUUCAUCCCCGGCACCCUAGAUUGGAGCGGUGUCUCGGGUUUCUUCAUGAACCCUCUGCAAUUCCCCUCGUUCGCCAUCUGGAACUCGCUGUUCGGCGCCGUGCUUAUUCUCGUCUGUGGCUACAUCACUGCGUUUGCCGGUGCGGACUUCUACAAGUAUCUCCCGUUGAGUGCCAACAAGAACUUCGACCACUUCGCCAAGCCAUACAACACCUCGAGGAUCCUGAACGAAGACCUGACCCUGAACAUCGAGGCAUAUGAGGCCUACUCUCCUCUGCUGAUCGGUCCAGUCUUCACCAUGGCUUACGCCCUCGGAUUUGCUGCUCUCAUGUCGACCGUGUGCCACGUCGGUCUCUUUUACGGCAAGGAUAUCUACAGGCGUACCAAGAACGCAAGGUACGAGGAGCCGGAUAUCCACUUGAAGCUGAUGAGAAAGUACCCCGAGGCCCCCGAAUGGUGGUUUUUGAGCGUCUUUGUCAUCUUCUUUGUUUUCGCAAUGGUUGCCUCUCAGGUCUGGGAUACCAAGCUUACUUGGUGGGGAUUCAUCCUCUGCAUUCUGAUCGGAGUGGCCCUCACACUACCGGUCGGAAUCAUCCAAGCCAUCACCAGUCAGCAGACCGGUCUGAACAUCAUCACCGAGUUCAUCGUUGGUUAUAUGUUGCCCGGCAGGCCUAUCGCUAUGAUGUUGUUCAAGAGCUGGGGCUACAUGCUCAUGUCAAACAGUCUCACUUUCGUUCAGGAUAUGAAGGUCGGCCACUACAUGAAAGUGCCUCCCCGCUCCAUGUUCCGUGCACAGCUCUUCGCUGUCGUCUGGUUGUCUCUCGUCCAGAUCGCUACCUUCAACUUCCUCGUCGGUAACAUCCCUGAGUUCUGCUCCGAGGACCAGCCCCAGGGCUUCACGUGUCCUGGUGCCACGACGUUCUACAACGCCAGUGUCAUCUGGGGAGUCGUUGGCCCCAAGAGAAUGUUCGGCCCCGGCGCCCUGUUCUCGUGGAUUAACUACUUCUGGCUGAUCGGAGCUGCUUGCACAACCAUCCAUUACUUUGUCGCCAGGAGAUAUCCUCGUAGCAUCGCUCGGUACGUUUACUUCCCCGCCAUCUUCAGCAUUGGUGGUAUGAUUCCUCCCGCCACACUCUGGAACCUGACCAACUGGCUCCUUGUCGGCGCCAUAUUCAACAUCUGGAUCAUGAAGAAGUACAAGGGCUGGUGGUCUCAGUACACUUACGUCAUGGCUGGUGCGCUCGAUGUAGGCAACGCAAUCUGCAUUGUCCUCUUCGCAUUGGGUCUCGGUCUUUCUGCCAGUUCCUUCCCUGAAUGGUGGGGAACAACCAUCUCCAGCUCGACUUCUGACGCCAUGAGGACGGCCCGUACCAAGUUUUUGCCUGCUGAUGGUGUAAGCUUCAUGGGUCCACCUGCGGGCAGCUGGUAA